AUGCCUGAUCAAAACUUGGCGACAGAGUCCGACGGCCAACCACUGUAUGGAGCACCGAAGCGAAAAGAAGUUAUUGUUGUUGCGGACACAAUGUCAAAACCCAGAGUGCAAGCGAUCAACUCUUCGGGACAUUCUACAAUCCUUCUUGAUGAAUCCUCAUAUGUUCCACAGUAUAGUCUAUCAUUAACGCUACCAUUAUCCUUGGUGCAAAUUCCAUUUACUGCUUCUUCAAACCAACCGAUGGUUACAACAAUACAUUCAAAUACGGGACAACGAGAUACAGUUGUACGAUCAGCGCCUGCUGCUAGCGACUUUUCACCAAUCAUACUCACGAGAACUUCGCAGGAUACUCCUGAACAGUCUGAGAUAGAAGAAUUGGUGACUAUUGUGAGCAAGACUGGAAGCAACGCCGAGCCUCAGAGAUCUCUCAAAAGAGUUAUGAACAGUGCCUAUCCUGACGCCCAGAAGAAGCAAAAGGUGCAAAGCCUCUGCAAGGAGUUUGAUAAGCCCUCAACAAGUAGCGCCAAAGGAACUUUUGAAGCCGAGAAGAAGAAUCCACCGUGCGCGAUUUGCGGUGACCCUGCAACUGGGAUUCACUUUGGAGCUGAUUCAUGUGCAGCAUGUUCCGCAUUCUUUCGACGAACUGUGACUAUAAAUCGUAAAUUUGAAUGUAUUGGGGAUUCGUCUACAAAUUGUUCUAACUUGAAAGGUUCAAGCAGUUGCAAAAAGUGCCGGUUCGAGAAAUGUGUAUCUGUUGGGAUGGACAUAGGCAGUGUUCAAUGCAACCGUGAUUCGAUAGGUCACUAUUCAAUAAGAGCAAAAUUGUUGCAGAAUAAUAAUGUGUCAUUAGCCGACGCUGAUACUAUUCUUGAUGAUCUAAGAGAGAAUUACAAUGCUUUAAACUAUCGUCGCCAACUGCUCUAUUCCAUGGAAAACAAUAUAGAGAAAAUCUUCAGCGAAAAAGAGCCCCCUAUUCGAGAGAUGAAAUCAGUUACGGAUUGUCUCUAUCAAAUGAAACUUCUUGAGCCUAGGCUCGCAGCUGAUUUUGUACGUUCCUUACAGUUCUUGAAGGAUGCCGAGCUAAGCAAUAAAGAUAUGUUGUCUCUCUAUAAGAACUUUGAUGUCACCCGACAAGCAGUAGAAGAACCAUUUCUCACGUACAAGCAUCAACUAUUAGAACGGAAUUGCUGGGUUAUGCUGAACAGAAACUAUAUCGACUUGUCCAAUACGCGGCGAUAUUUUGAAGACGGAACCAUGAACGAGCUAACGUUGGGACAAAGGACGGCAGAAAAGUAG